GUGCUAAUAAUUUGAGCGCGGUCACAUAUCUCACAAUUUUUCUCCCAACGGAGGUGAUAUACUCUUCCGCUUACUAUCGAUUUCAAACUUCCAACUUUGUAGUUGUACGCCGCAGAGCAGGCGACGAAGAAGAUGAACGCCGAUUCGAUGAUGACCUUAAACGCCGAUUCGAUGAUGACCUUACUUCACAACGCCGUUGUCGUCACCAUGGAUUCGCAAACCCGAGUGUUCCGAAAUGGCGCCGUCGUGGUCGAAAGAGACCGCAUCAAAGCCAUCGGUCAAUCUCCCGACAUCCUCCGCGAUUUCUCCGCUCUCGCCGACGAGGUCCUCGAUCUCCAUGGCCAAAUCAUGUUCCCAGGGUUCAUUAACACUCACGUCCACACCUCCCAGCAGCUCGCGAGAGGGAUCGCGGACGAUGUCGACCUGAUGACAUGGUUACACGAUCGUAUUUGGCCCUACGAGUCCAACAUGACCGAGGAAGAUUCUUACAUCUCCACUUUGCUCUGUGGAAUCGAACUCAUACACUCUGGUGUCACAUGCUUUGCUGAGGCAGGGGGGCAGCAUGUGUCCGGAAUGGCAAGGGCGGUAGAGUUACUGGGCUUACGUGCAUGCUUAGCCCAGUCAACCAUGGAUUCUGGCACGGGAUUACCACCAUCUUGGGGCAUUCGAACUACAGAUGAGUGUAUUCAGUCUCAAAAGGAACUGUACAAGAAGCACCAUAACACAGCUGAUGGCCGCAUCAGAGUAUGGCUUGGAAUACGACAGAUUAUGAAUUCUACUGAUCGUUUGCUAUUUGAGACUGGAGAAACAGCAAAAGAACUGAAAACUGGAAUCCACAUGCAUGUCGCAGAGAUACCAUAUGAGAAUGAAGUUGUGAUAGAUACUCGAAAAGUUGAUCAUGGAACAGUUACAUACUUAGAGAGCAUAGGGCUCCUUCAAAGCAACUUACUAGCAGCUCAUAGCGUCUGGAUCAAUAAUACAGAGAUUGAAUUUCUGUCAAGGGCUGAGGUUAAAGUAUCUCACUGUCCAGCUGCUGCAAUGCGGAUGCUUGGAUUUGCACCCAUAAAGGAGAUGCUAGAUGCUGGCAUAUGUGUCUCCCUGGGAACUGAUGGGGCACCAUCAAAUAACAGAAUGAGCAUUGUUGAUGAGAUGUAUCUAGCCUCUCUUAUUAACAAAGGUCGGGAAGUUUAUGCAAGUGGAACAACUGAUCCCACGGCACUUCCUGCUAACACUAUUCUCCAAAUGGCCACUAUAUAUGGUGCAAAAUCAGUACUCUGGGAGAAUGAGAUAGGGUCACUUGAGGUUGGGAAGAAGGCUGACUUGAUCAUUGUCAAUCCUUUCUCAUGGCCUAUGGUUCCUGUUCAUGAUUGCAUUUCCAGCCUUGUAUAUUGCAUGCGAACUGAAAACAUCAUCUCUGUCAUGUGCAACGGUCAGUGGGUUAUGAAGGAUCAGAAGGUGUUAAACGUGGAUGAGGGAGAAGUUAUUACAAUGGCGAAGCAGGCUUCUAGCGAGCUACUGAAAAGGGCAGGCAUUAAGAUUCCUAGCAGAAUGAACUUCCUCUGAUUCACUUUUGAUUUACAACUUUUUCCUUGUCCCAUUUGUAGUUUGCUGCUGUCCCAUUGUACCACUUUUAACGCCCCACUGUUUCACAACUUAACUUUAAUUUCAUGCUACCUUUGCUGCCGUUGUAUAUCUUUAUAGUACAAUUUUUUCCUUCUA